GGCAGCGCAUUGUUUUGCGAAUGUAAAUAUUGCGAAAGAAACAUCGCUUGGUGUUGAAACAGUUCGUCCCAAACGAGCAUCUGCUGGCGUUUAAUGUAACUAUAGCGCCACAGGCAAAACGUGAAAUGUCAGGGAUCGUUAACGCCAGCGCACAGAUGACAAGCUAAGCAGCUAGCUGGAAGCUAGCGUCGGCUGCUGUAGUUAGCAAACCGUUCUACCGACGAGCAGCCGAAGCGACUCUUUCAGUGAAUCCGUGAUGGACUCCAGGUCUCGCAGGAUUCCUUCCUGUCUGGCCAGCUCAAGGACGUCCUGCACAUCCAGCCCAGCAGUCUCCUCUUCAUCACUGGGAUCCAGCAGGCUGUACAGUAGGGAGAGCACGCUGAAUAAUGACCGCGUUCCAAGGGCGUCAUCGGCUUACAAGUCAGAGCUGGACCCCCAGCGCUAUCGUCUCCUGAGCUCGUCCAGAGACUAUGGCAGUUCCGGCAACUGGAAGUUGCCGCCCUCCCUGGCGUCCUCCAGCAGAGCUUAUGACCGCCAGUGGGCCGAGUCGUCUCUCAGCAGCAGGAGCAAACUGACUGAUACCGAGGGGAGGUUGGGAAUGCGCUCCGGUCUGUUGAACGUCAGUGAUGAUGGCGAGUCUAAACGAGCCAAGCUGUCGUACAGCAACCGAGCACUGUACUCGAGAACCACCAGCUGCUCCUGUACAGGAUCCGCCUAUUCCACAUCUGGCCUCAGGAGCGGAAGAGAUACGGGGGGAAAGCAAAGCGACGCUUGUUCCUGCCGUUUACUCUCACGGCCGUCAGCGUCAUCCUCAAAUCCGCUUUUGGCGAGGAGAGAGCUGGAGACGAAGAACGAGUCCAGUCUCUCAGGUUUGGGAGAAAGAAGGGUCAGGACUCCUGGAUCUGCUCCCUCUUUGUAUCAGAGCAGCAGGGUGACCUCGACCUAUGCACAGGGAGCUCGGCCCAAAGAGUCCGCCUACUAUCCCUCCUUUUCUUCCUCUUUGUCGUCCUCCUCCGCCGCCAGAGAAAGCUCCCUGAAUCGCCACCUCUCCUCUCCCCCCUCUCACUGCCUUUCUCCCCCUGCGCGCGACUACAGCAACAGAACCGCAUCCCGCUUCCUGAGCGGCUCAUCCAGCGCCCAGCCACCUCCGGGGCAGAGGAGGAACGCCGUCUCCUCCUCUUAUAGCUCGCACACCUCCCGGUACGCCACGCCGCUGCCAAGACCGGAGGCAGCGCUCCCGCCUAGGCCGGCGCCCGAAGGCGGAGAGUCAGAGGGCCGCAGCUCCACUCGAAGCCUUUUGUCCCGCCUCUUCUCGCGGCGCUCCAGCCAAGACUCCUCCAGUGGGUCUUCCAGCGUGCGCUCCCUCGACGACGACAGCAGCCCGUCAACCGGCGGCGAGUCCUUGGACAGCGACGACGGGCCCAGCGCGGAGCCCGAGGCGACCUCGGGUGGCCGCGGGAAUCGAAGAGCAGACCUCGCGCCAAUCAAGGAGAACAACGAGGGAUACCGCGGCGGCCUGGCUCAGGCAAGAACGGCAUCGUGGAGGGAGCCUGGCGUCGGCAGCACUAGUAACGACAGUAGUAGCAGCAGCAGCCGCAGCAGCGGCGGCGGCGGCCGAGGAGGAAGCGGCAGCUACUCCUGGCUGUCCUCCUCCCUCCGUUGCCACUGCCCUCCCCUCCUCUCCCGCCUCAGAAGACACGCUCGGGACGACAGCGGGCACCCCGGCGAAGGCGCAGAAGAAGGCCGCCCGCAGCGUUUACUGAGAAGGUGGGAUGACCUUGAGCAUAAAGCAACACAGGAAGACGACAACGAUGAGGAGGAGGAGGAUGAUGAUGAUGAGGACGAGGAAGAUGACGCCGAAGGAGCCGUUGGUCUUGAGGUCUUUGGCGCGGGUCGUCCCUCCAGACAGAGGGAUGAGACGUUGUCCGAACUCCAAGAUGCCUCAGCCGCAUUUUCGGCACGCAGCAGAGUCGGCGUAUACGACGGCGUUUUGGGUUCUCGUGGUCCACCAGGUGCUGCUGAGAGCCGGCCGGAGAAACCCGUUUCCACUACGGAUCAGGAGAAGCUGCGCAAGAUCAAGGAGAGACUGCUGCUGGAGGAUUCUGACGAGGACGAAGGCGACCUGUGCCGAAUCUGCCAGAUGGGGCGGGAAUCCGCUUCCAACCCCUUGAUUCAGCCGUGCCGCUGCACGGGCAGCCUGCUGCACGUCCACCAGGACUGCAUCCAGAGGUGGCUUCGCUCCAAAAUCGGCUCUGGCACAAACCUUGAGGCCAUCACAACAUGUGAACUCUGCAAGGAGAAACUGCGUUUGAACAUAGACAACUUUGACAUCCAGGAGUUAUACAGGACCCACGUGCAAUCGGAAUACAAUGAUUUCAUCAGCAGUGGCCUUUACCUGGUGGUGCUGCUGCAUUUCUGUGAGCAGAGGUUCUCCGAUGUCCUGGGUGCAGUCGACGCUGCUGGGUUAUUCAACCUGGUGAGCAUUCUUCAUGAACACAUGGACGAUCUUGAAAGUAUGUUUCUCAACCCUAUCUCUUCCAUUCUUGUGUUUUUUUUGAGAGACAGUCCUGAUUUGCUGCAAGCAUGCUAUCACUUAUUAUUGUCACGUAAAAAGCUGCCGUACAUUCUUGUAUUUGUGGUAAGGCCGCAGAGUUUGACUUAAUAUGUCUGGGUUGCAGUUCCCCACGGGGAAAGCGACGAGGAGAUACGAGACAACAGACCAUCCAUUGACUUCUCUGACCUGGACGACGAUCUCGAAGACGAGUACUAAUUGUGGGUAAAGAAAAGUGGGUCACUCAAUGCCGUAUGGUAGCUCCCCCUGUUUUCACAACAUAGUUUUGGCAGAGAGAUAUUGCAGAGUGCACCGGAUGUGUGUGGCCUUUGUUGCUUUGUUGCUAGUGGCUUUUGCAGAUGUGCAAACUAAAAUGAACCGGAGCGUAAAUACUUUGGUUGGUACUACUGUAGUUCGGUUUCUGGGAGUGCACUUUAUUCAAUCAUAAUUAAAAGAUGCAAGUAUUUUUAAACCACAAGUGCUUUAAUGUUUAAAUAAGAAGGCAGGAGUUGAAAUGGCAGAGGACAGUGACAACGCUCAGUUUGUGCUCGACGGUGAUAAAUGCUUUUGGCAGAGAAUAUUAUGUGUUGAUUAUUCCCUUUUAUUUACCGUUGAAUGGAAAGACAAAAACUUCCCCCAAUUCUCCAUCUGUUUGAAAUGCUUUGUUUGUACAAAUCUAGUUUAAUGUGUGUUGGAAAUAAAGAUUGAUUGCAAACUGCC